AUGGCCACCUUGCAGACGGAGAAGCUGCGGAGCUGGGCUGUUCUGCAGAUGCUCCUCUCUGGCUCGGUGCUUUGCACGGCUUUUGGUCAGAGGAGGCUCUCCGACUCGACUGAGUGCAGCGCUCCUUGCCAGCCCUCCCAGUUCAAAGCGCUGCCUCUCGUGGCGCUCUGCGGAGGAGGCGGUUGUACAGUCGAGGAUGAUAUUCUCAAAGGCAAGUCCCGCCUGUUCAUGCAGCUUCCUGUCAACAGCAGCGGCAUUCGAGUGGAGAUGACGACGCGCCAGACAGAUCAGGAUCUGCAACUGGUCGAUCCCACAACGGGCACUUGUGUGGCUGGCGCCGUUGGAGACACCUGUUCCGACGGCGGACGACCAGCAAAUGCAGGGACUGGCUGCACUGACGAGACUGACUACUGCAUCGCAUACGAGGGGAUGAACUGGUAUUUCACUGGGGACAAGCAGCUUGCACCUGUUCUCGAGAAGCUGGCGCUGGAAGGCAGCGUGACCCAGCUUCUGAGCGUGUGGGUGGAGGCACCCAGCGGGGGAGCUCUUCAGGUUCAAGUCCGCAACGAUCCCAUAUUGCCAUGUCCUGAUCAACUGCCUGGCUGUGUGCCUUGCGAACAGUAUGAUCGAUGUGGCGAAUUUGACAAGAAGAUCUGCGACGGCAGCGCCGUGGUGUUGUGCGAAGCCACGACUCUCACAACGACAACAGGUACGACAACCUCAGUGACAAUCACCAGUUCCACUUCAACUUCGAAAACAUCUUCCACAACACUGUCAAGCACGGUGACGACGAAGACAGCAACCACUACAUCAACUACUGCCACGCGGACUUCCACCGCCACUACCACGAUUUCAAGCACCAGCUACACCGCUACCACCAGCCGCACGGCAACCUUGACAAGCACCACCGCUUCAACAUCUACAACAGGAUCAUCGAAAACUUCAACACAAACCUUUACUGCGAGUACUACCACUACGAUCAGCCUAACGGUCACUAGCACUGUCGUCAGCAGCACCAGCACCAGCAGCACAACGAGCGCGGAGACCUCCACUAGGACGUCUCGCACCACGUCCUCUUUCACAAUUUCUACCUCGGUGACGACAAGUCAGACAGAAACUCGGACCUUUACUGAAACAACAACUUCCACAACUCGAACCCGGACAACUUCCAGCUCACGCACAUCCUCCAGCACUGUCUCGGCUACUACAACCGUGACCGGUACUGCAACUUCUACAUCGGAGACCUCCACGUCGCAGACUUCCACGUGGACGACCUCCGCAUCAACGACCUCAACGUCACGGACGGCUACGUCAACUACCACCAAGUCUAUGACUUCCACCGAAACAGGCACCACAUCUACUGUUACAAUGACCGCAACCACCAGCAUGUCCACAACCGUGACAAGUUCAACUUCAGCGACGACAAGCAGCAGCCUCACCAGCUUCACAAUGACCACAACUUUGACCUCAACAUUGACCACUUCCAAAACGGAGACGCAAACGACAGUAACGACUACCAGCUCCACUGUUUCAACCACUUCAGUAACAACAAGCAUCUCGAGCACAACCGUCACUACCACAACCGUGACUACCACAACUGAGACAACAACAACGAUGACAAGCACUACUUCUUCCACGACAGAGACCUGUGGCUGCUGCGCUUCAUGCGGCAUGGGCGCGCUCCCGCCGGCGCUUUCAGUUGCCGAUGAUGAUGGUGCAGUUGCACUUUCCGUUGCCGUCCCUGUUGUGCUCGUGCUAAUCCUCCUAGUGGUCUUGCUAGCGGGCUGGCUGUGCCAUCGGAAGAAGCACCAGGAGGUUCAUCUCUUCCCUUAUCCGGUGGCCGAACCACCUGCAGACCCUCCAAAGAUCCCACAGCGCGAUGCGCGAGUUGGGACCGACGAGGAUUGUCGAGACCUCCAAGAGCUGAGGGAGCUGAAGCUCCAAAAUCAGAGCUUGGUUGUGGAAAUCUCGGACCUGCGACACCAGCUUUCUGUGGCCAAGCAAGCAGCAGCUGAGCCAGCUGCCCUGCUGGAGAGCCAGCGUGCUAAGCAGGAGGUGCUGACGGCUUCUUGGAGCCGCCGACAAGUCCGCCUACAGGCAAAGAUCACACACCUGCAGACAAUCCUCCAGCACAUGAUUUACCACGCCACGGAGCUCGCUCGAGCAGUGCAAGGGGACUGUGCCAACCAGGGGAAGCUCCACCAGCAGGUAGCCGUGGUCAUGCAGAGGAUCCGGACGCUGCAAGAAGAGCUCUCCUCGCCGCCACAGCCAGAUGCCAGCACAGCUGCUGACAGUCCAUGUAGCCCCUCCCAAGGCUACCAGACCACUCUUCAGCCUAGUCCUCCCCACAGCACAAUGCAAGAGCCAGUCACCAUACAAGAGCCAGUCGCACUUGAUCAUGAGCCAUCGACGUGCAGAUCAGCUGCAGACAAGCCACCGCCAGAGACUGCCAGACCAGUGGCGCAAGAGGUAGCGGGCGCAGCGGGCGCAUCCGCAAGCUCGGCACCGGCACCUUUUAAGGUAGCCUUUAGAUCUCGGGCUUCAGCUUCAGCAAAUGCCGCAGUCAGUUCCGAGUUUGAACCAGCAUUUGAAGCAUCACCGGCUGACACACGACUGGCAGCUGCAGCAGCUUAUGUACAGGAUCAUGGGGUGCCUUUCCUACCUUUGCUUCCAAGUCAUGUUGGGCAAUAUCCGGAGAGGAGCCGUCUCGGAGCAGCCGACCCUGUGCGUGAGAAUCAGCAGGACUUGCGCUCCUUGCGAGACAGGCUGCUACGGCGUCACAACAUGAGUCCUCACAGAUGGAACGACCGAUUCAGGACGAUGAGCCAGCGGACGGCAGAGCGAGGCUUCCGUGCGGAUGGAGCUCAGCAAGUUCUGGAGCGUCGGAUGCGACAAGCCAGCUUGGAAUAG